AUGCCAGAUGAUAAAAAUAGUGAGGAGGUUUCAAUGGAAAAUGGAGAUGAAGGUUCUGCGGAUGAAGUGAGGAAUGGAAGUUGUAAUGUUGCGGAUGAGGUGAGAAAUGGAGGUGAAGAUGUUGCGGAAAAGGUGAAACAUGGAGACGGGUAUGCUGCGGAUAAAGUAGGAAUUUCUGCAAAUGAGGAUGAUGUAUACCAGAUUCCAAGCGCAAUCGAUACAGUGAUGGCGCAAACGAUCGAUGUUUUGGGCAGCGCCGCAGAUGCGAUAAAGCCGUUUCUGCCAUUCUUCGAAAUCAUCACGAGUGUUUCGAAGUCUGUUCUUAGCUCCUACGAGGGUUCUCAGUAUAACAGGAGAACAUGUGGUGUGUUGCUUACUCGUGUCGAAACCGCCGAAUGUGCAGUGAAAUCUUUGGUCCGUCAAAAAGAGGAACGUAUCAGCGAUUUUCGAAGUCAAGACUUUUAUAAUUCGUUUGUAAGGUUCGCUCGGGUUAUGGAAAAAAUUCAAAAAUUCGUUGAGAACAUUUCUCAACUUUCUAAAUUUAGAAGGUUCAUUAGUAACCAAGCAAUCAAGGACAAUUUGAAGGCAAUAUUAAAGGACUUCGAUGCAUGUGCAAACGACUUGCAUCUAUCGAUCUCAAUCAACAUCAAAGAUCAAACUAGAAAGGACUUGGAAAUUCUUCACAGCGACCUUGAACAAAUGGCUCAGUUUUUGGAAAACAUCGACCUUCACGUGACCGACCUCAUGAGGAAAGUGGAUUCCAAUCAAGAAUACAACGAAAAAAUGAUGGCCAUACUUAACAACACGUGUGAACAAGUUAGCAUGAUAAAUUCCAAAAUUAAAAAAAAAGUGAGGUAUCAGGCAAAGCAAAUCUUACUUGAAGAGCUCACAGGUUCUAGCGAUACCAAUGGGAGACGCGGCCAUAUUGUUAAGAAAAUUUACAAAGGAAUGGAUGUGGCCUGCAAAAAAGUGACCGUAGAGACGGAGAACAAGGAAGAAGUUGAAAGGUUCGAGUCGCAGUUAGCCAUUCUCGAAAAGUUGCAUCAUUGUGACUACAUCAUCAGAUUUUAUGGAAUCUUGAAUUCGAGCGAUGAUGAAAAAAUCAUGGUUUACGAGUGGUCUGAGAAUGGCAACUUGAGAGAGGCCUAUGAGAAGUAUAACAUUCCGUGGGGUAAAAAGCUCAAUAUCGCAUUGGGCAUCUGUCGAGGGUUGGUCUUCUUGAAUGCCACAAAAAUUUAUCAUCACGACAUCCGCUGUGAAAAUAUUCUUAUGACCUCCCAAUGGGAACCAAAGAUUGCGAAUUUUAAAAUUUCGAGAUGGGUCAGUGCGAAGACCAAAAAGUACAUAGAUCCAAUUGCUUCACUCAACUGGAUGGCACCGGAAAAGAUAAAGGGACUUAAUAAUCCAGACAAAAACCGGUAUACGGCAGGUUGCGAGAUAUUUAGGUAA